AUGGCUUCCCUGCGAAAGUCCUACUUCUUGGUGCCGGCGUGGAACAUUCACCCGGACGAGGUGGCACUCGGAAGCGUGGUAGCGAGCCCCAGAGUUCCACUUAACACGCUCUCGGGACCAACCUUAACCACGCUUAUUGACACGCCGAUCCGACCAAUCCCGGAGAAGAAUCCCUCCGGCACGGCCAAAAGGACCAAAUCAUGGAGUGCUGGGCUAUUUGCGACCUUUCUCCAUGUGGUCUCGGUUGGCGCGGGGGCCUUGUUCUCUUCAGAUUCCACCAUCCAGGUUGAUUACUCGUGCCACUCAAUGACCACCCGCAGGUUCACCCCGUCCCUUGCAUAUAUCACCAAGGCUGCGGAGGAUCCAGAGGUGAAAAACUACCUCGAUAUAGGCGGACUCGGAGCGAAAGUCUUUAUGAUCACUGGCAUCAAGACCGUUUCCAAUGUCACCAUUACCACGAUCGAAGAAAAGACCAAAGAGACGAGAGGGUAUAUCGGCGCGGAGAUCCCGGCGGCGGGCGUAUCUAUCGGACCGAAAGGUUCACACAACUCGAGCAACUACAGCAAGCAUACCCGGACUAUUGAGGGUCCCAUUGUCUUUGCGUUCGAGGUUGAGAAGAUCCGGGUGAAUUUGAAGGGAAGGGUUGUUCACAAAGAAUACGUGGAUGGCGCUAUGCUGGCCAAGAAGGACAUUGACACAGAGACAGUACUUGAACGGACUGGACCGGACCUAGAUGAGGACGAAGAAGAUGAUUUGGGCGUAACCGUUCAAGAAGGGGAGGAGGAAGGGGAGGCCUCCGCUCCUUUCAUCUUCCCUUUCUCACCAACUCUCCUCGCAGCCCUGCGGCUUAUCACCUCAGCUAUGGAAGACCCAGCUUCAUCUAUCGCAGACACAGCAGAGAGAGCGCGGCAACUGCUGCUGUGCUGCCAGGAGAAUUUUUCAGACAAACCCAAGCGCUUCGUCGGGGCCCAGUUAAGCCGAUUUAAGUUAUGGGCGUCGAAUAUCGGUGUGUUCUCCGCCCGCCAGGCCUCCUUAGAUUAUCGACUUCGGACUGCACGAAAUGCGAAAGCGGCAGUGGACGGGAAUCUUGAGAUUCUGUGCAUACAACUUCUGUCCGCUCUUACCGGCCAGGAAGAUCUCCCCGAGGAGAUCAUUGAUGCAUUUGCUGAGGCUAGUCCGCGAGAUGUCAUCAAUUUUGGGUCUGGGAUUUUCGAUCCAUUGGCCGAUGUUGACGUACGACUUGCAUCUUUGCAGUCCGCAGAAGAGACUAUCGGCACACUCCACCAACUCUCGCUCGCAAUUCGAAGAGCCAGCAAUCGUAAUUCUCUCAUGAAAGUGCCAACCCUCUAUGAUACGGAUGGAGCACAUGCAGUGGUCAGAGAGAUCACAAAUGUCAACCAUAUCGAGCAAAAGCCCGUCCCACCAGUUCGUUUCGAAGUCACUGUCGGAUUUGACGAUUUUCUGCGAAGGGCUUUGAAGUACAGGUGGUUGAGCACCGUUGAAGACGAGAAUCUCAAUGAAGACCAGAAGAAAUAUCGUCAGCUUAUGCUCGAAAGAUGCAUUGCCACAAUCUCCGUUCGCAGGCGCCAACUAACCUAUUUCCAAAGACAUCAAGCUAAGCUUGGAAAGCACACCGAGGCCAAUUUUUCUCCCACUCCAAGGCCAGCAAGGGCGGCUUCUCAAAGUUUGCACUCGACAUCUGCACCACGGGUGGUUUCGCAGCCAAAUAUCGGCGGGGCAGCUCUAAUGCAUCCAGUUCAAGAAACUGAGGAUGAAGCUCCAAGCGAGACAAUCGGUUCCGAAUUCCAAUCCAUAGCUUUCCGACUAUCUCCUUCAACGGCUGCACCAUCAUCGGCAGCCUCAUCAACUGAUUUUGGAGGAUUGAAAUCUGGAGGUCCAUUUGAAACACCUCCUGCACCAGAGUUUGGCCCUAGAGAAAAGGAGAAAAUGUGCCCGUACUGUUGUCUGGUGUAUCCGGUUAAAACAUUCUCGUCCCAUUCGGCCCAGAAGACGUCCCGAAGAUGGAGGAAGCACCUUUUAGAAGACCUUCAACCUUACAUCUGCCUGUUCCAGAAUUGCGACCAACACGGCAAGACCUAUCGAAGUUUCAAAGACUGGCAAGCUCAUUUGAGUGAACCCCACGACCAACCCUUGCUAUGCUCCCUGCAUCCUAAGCCCGAUUCUGCGGAACAAUCGCUUUUCUUUGACACUGCAGAGCUGUUCCAAGAACACUUAAAUCUCCACCAUCCCGAUAUUGACCAGUCUACUUCUGCUGAGAUCGUCCAUAAAUCCAGACAGCCAUCCACAUUGCCAAACUGGUGUUUUGUUUGCUUAUCCGAGCAACCAUCAGACAUCACGCUUCAGAAACAUCUAGCCAAUCAUCUUGAGCAAGCAUUUUUGCUGGCGCUUCCCUCUAGGAAUGACAUCAAAGCGUCGGAUAUGGUGUCUAGCGGACGACCAUCCGACCGAACCGGGCAAACAGACACAGCCGCGCCCCAAGAGAUAGAUUUGAUCGACCUUACCGGCUUAUAUGAGAACGAAAAUGAUUCAAUCGCUGCUGAGCCCCAAAAACUGUCGGUCACAGACUUUGCUUCUCGACUUUCGAGCAUUGAUCAUGAUUCACGUCUAACUCUAGAUGGCGGAAACUUGGUGGAUAAGUGGACAACUGAGCUGGCUGAACCGCAUGAUUUUAUUGACAUUGAUGAUGGCCCAAGGCUUUCAAAGGAUUGGAGAAUUCUUUUGUUGGUCGUCCACAUAGGUGUGCACUGGCGCGUGCGCAGCAACACUAGCAACCUGUCCCGAAAACCUGGGCGACCACGCAUAGAUGCCAUGUUAUAUUUGUUGCGCAACGAUAUGAAGGCCAAUUCCUGGCAUCCUGGUGCACCAUGGCCGGGAAAGGCAGUCCAAGAGCCAGAAAUUUGGGUGAAUGAUACCAAUCCUGCUUGGCGAGAGUUGGCUAUCCAUGCUAUGGGCCGGCAAUCAUCAAUAUCCAGAAAUAAUAUGGAAAAAAUGGCGACUCUCAUUGACGGGCAGCCUCUAUCCGUUCAAAAUGCAGCUUUGUACUAUUUGGACUCUCGCGCUGACGUGCCAAGCGAAAUCGCAGAGUUGGUGGCGCAAGUGAAGCGUAAGCAUUCGCUUCUAGAUAAUUCGCAACAGGACACCAAGGACCGAGAGCAUGAUGCAGUCCGGAGGUGGCUCAUGCCUCUCCACUUCGAUGGCCGCCGACACCAUGACAUCUCUGCGUCCCGACAGCGAGGAACUUGCCAGUGGUUUUUAGAUUCCCGAGAAUUCAAUUCAUGGAUGCAACACGAGAGAGAAACAACCAUGCUCUGUCUAGGCAUUCCUGGGUCAGGCAAAACUUUUCUUGCUUCGGCUGUCAUAGAUCACCUCAACAUGCGAUAUCGAUAUAGCGAGGAUUGUGGCAUUGCAUACGUUUAUUUCAAUUGCUUUGAGAUGCGUUCAGUUCAAGACUACCUUUCUAGUCUCCUGGCGCAACUCACUCAACCAUUGCCUAGGCUGCCAAGCAGCGUCAUGACACUUUACAACUUGCACAAAAACAAAGAAUCGCAACUUCAGUACGAACAACUAACACACGCACUACAGUCCGUUUUUUCCAUCUAUAACAGCGUUUAUAUCAUUGUUGACGCUCUCGAUGAAUGCUCCAAUGAUGACAUGGCAUUAUCGAAGCUUUUGUCUUCGAUUUUCGAUCGUCCAAAAGGGCCCAAAGUCAAGGUCUUUGCAACGUCUAGAGUCCAAUCUGCCGCGAUGAAUGCGUUUUCUAAAGGCAGAAUAUUGGAGAUCCGCGCUUCGGACGAAGACAUAGCGAGAUAUAUCGAAGAGCACCUCCCGAAGCGAGUAGAGCUUGUUCGACAGGAUCCGGUCUUACUGCAAGAGAUCAAGGAUCAAAUUUUACAGUCAAGUCAGGGAAUGUUUUCGCUGGGACCUUUUUUCUUGAAACAACUUAAGUCUCGUGCGUUCCUAGGACAUUCUUUAAAAGGAAGAUUGCGAAAUAUUGCAACCACAGAGGUCUUAGAACCGGUAUGGAAAGCUGUCAUGGAAAGAGUCAACAGUCAGAGUUCACAUCACCAAGCCCUGGCUCGAAAGAUUCUGCUCUGGGUUUCUCACGCGAGAAGGCCUUUGACUGAAUCAGAGCUUCGACAGGCGUGUGCAAUCAAUGAGCCACUACAAGAGCUGGAUAAAGCCAAUAUUCAAUCCAUCAGAAACUUGAUCUCGGCGUGUAUUGGAUUGGUCAAAGUGGACGAAAGAGGAAUCCUUCAUCUCUGCCAUUUUUCAGCAUUGAAAUACCUGGAAAAUCUUUUGGGCAAUCAUCACGCCCAUAUUGCUGAUGCGUGCAUGAUCUAUCUCUCGUCGAAGGAUUUUGAAAGCGGACCCUGCUCGACAGACUUUGACCUUGAGGAACGACUGAAAUCGAAUCCUUUCUACGACUAUGCAGCUCACAACUGGGGCCAUCAUGUUCGCGAAGGUGGGGAAUCAACCGAAGUUGCCAGCUUUGUUCAAGAUAAACCCAAGUUCGAGGCAGCAUGCCAAGCACUCAAGCUGCCUCCAAGAAAAGAGGUUAUGAUAUGGGGCCGCAAAGAAAAGCCUGUUAUGUGGAUUGCGCCGCUGCAUCUGGCAGUUUACUUUGACCUUAAGGACCUUACGCGAUACCUCCUUAGCAGUGCCACAGACCCUGAUGUCUCGGACAGCUGGGGCCAAACGCCAUUACACUAUGCAGCUGGUAACAAAAAUCCUGUCAUUGCAGAGAUACUCUGCAAAACAGCUCGUGUCUAUGUCAAUUCACGAACGGUCGAUGGCGAGACACCGUUAUGGAUAGCUGCUGAAAAAGGACAUGACAUGGCGGGACGAGUGUUCAUUGAUCAUGGUGCGGAUGUCAAUGUGCCGAAUGCCGACGGCUUCCAGCCACUGUGGAUAGCUGCUGAAGGAGGGCACUCCGUAAUGGUGGAGCUGCUAAUUUCCCAUGGAGCAGAUGUCAAUGCAGGGACUAAAAUCGAUCCAGCGGCACUCUUGGUAGCUACUAAAGAAGGGUUUUUCGACUCGAAGUAUGUCGGUGGUAGCACCGCACUAAUUGCAGCUGCUGGCGAAGGAAAAAUCGACGUGGUGGAGAUUCUCAUCGGCAAAGGCGCUGAUGUCAACCUGAAAGAUAACAGUGGUAGAACCGCACUGAUUGCAGCAGCUAGCCAUAGAAACAUUGACAUGGCGAAGAUGCUCAUCAGCGAAGGCGCUGAUGUCAACUUGAAAGAUAACAAUGGUACAACCGCACUGAUUGCAGCAACUAGCCAUAGAAACAUUGACAUGGCGAAGUUGCUCAUCAGCGAAGGCGCAGAUGUCAACUUGAAGGAUAUCACUGGUCAAACAGCUCUGAUUGCAGCUGCAAGCUAUGGAUAUGAAGCCGUUGCGCGACUAUUGACCGAUUACGGCGCGGAUAUCAACCUGAUAACCUUUCUAGGCGAAACAGCACUCUUUGAAUCUUCUACCAAAGGCCAUCUCGGGAUUUCACAGCACCUGAUGGAACGCGGUGCCAAUAUCAACGCCAAAGAUAAGCAAGGCAGAACAGCAUUGCAUGCGGCUGCCAACCAGGGAUACGGCCAAAUAGUACAGCAGCUAGUUGGCUACGGUGCGCAUGUCAAUGAACUGAGCGACCAGGGGAAAACACCAUUGCAUGAAGCUGCUGGCAAAGGAAACUUUCCAGUGGUGCAGGCGCUGAUCCGACUCGGGGCUGAUAUUAAUGCAACAGACCACCAAGGCAAUACACCAUUGGACGAAGCUGCCAGCAACGAUCAUAUGAGAGUGGUGGAGCUGCUGAGAUACCCCCAAUAUGAAUUUCUCUAA